AUGAGUGAUAAAGCGAAAAAGAUCAUUAAAAAGGCAUCGCAGCACAUAAACCCGGUUGAAAAGUUCAAUUGUCUCACAGAUGAGAGAACUACUACGGAUGGGGAAGAAAUCACAUUUCAGUAUGCAUGGGCAACCCAUCUUGACGACGAGGUUUUUGAAUGGGUCUUCUCACUGUUUAAGGACAACAUGUACGAAAUGUACGCAAUUUCUCAAUGGGGAUGGGACGAGAACUCGAAACGGAACGAACUUCGCGCAACUACAGCGAGAUUCAUCAUCGCGAUCAACUCGAAAGGCGAAAAAGUUGGAUACACUCACUAUCGAUUUGUCGUUGAUCACAAGAUUCCAGCGUUGUACUGCUACGAAAUUCAAGUUGUUCCAGAAUACCAGCAAAAGGGUAUUGGAAGCAUGUUAAUUAGAACUCUCGAAGCGUUAGCUGAAAAAACCAACGUUGACAAAGUGAUGGCCACUGUUUUCGCAUAUAACGCAAAAUCGUUAGCCUUCUUCCAUAAGAAUGGCUAUGGAAGUGAUGUGACGUGCCCAAAUGAAGAGCAAGGACUCGAUUAUUUGAUUUUGUCGAAGGAAGUCCAAAUCUAG